AUGUAUGAAACCCACAAUUUGCGUUGGGGCUUCACAGAUACUUGGACGACUGGCGAUUUAAUAGCGCUUGCUCUCACAAUUCAUUCGCGCUCUGCGAUGAAUAAUGAAAUCCUAACGACCGAAUUUAUUGCAAUUUAUAGAAUUGCUUUUAUUGCUUGGAAGAAUGAUGAUAGCGUUCAACAGCAGAUGGAGAAAGAAAUGAUGGAAAAACAAUCGCCGCAAUUGUGUGCAUCUCGGCCUUCUCCACGAAGAUUACCUAUCCGACUUAUCUCUAUUCAUAAUCAAAAUAUCCGAAUCCUAAACACGAUCUUCACAGAAGAAUAUUUCAAUUCAUUAGAGAAGGAUAGUCCACCCAGCUCCAGCAAAUUACAUGUCCAUAUCAAAUCGAUUUCAGUAGCUAGACAUAAUGACGCUGAGCUGAAGGAUCUCGCACAGGAGCUGUUAAAUACAAGAGAACAAGUAGGAUCACUAGAAGCUAUCCACAUAUUACCUUGA